GUAAUUUGUUGGCCAGGAGCGACCUCCGCCUUCUAGGUUAAAAUAUAUGGGCAAUAAUGACGGCAUUUUUUCUUACAGUGCCACCGGACAUUUUGGACUACCCGACCAGCGCGGACAUGGUGGUUGACGAGGGGUCCAACGUGAGUCUCAAGUGCAUCGCUAAGGGAUCCCCAGAGCCGUCUAUAAUUUGGAAAAGGGAAGACGGAGAGCUCAUACGCUUUUCUAACGGAACAGAAGGUGGGUAUGGUAGCAUUUCGAGAGAUUCAGAAGUGGAAGCCAAAGUUCCAACCACUUUCCAAAACGUUUGAGGUUUUUUUGAAGUACAGUGCCAUGUGCAAACGUGGACAAAUUGAAGAAAGUUACAUGGGCAGGUAGCUGGUAUAUAAAAGAAGUAGUGCUGGUCCUAACACA